UCAUCAUUGUGCCAUGUAGUAGCACUGGGUUUACACCAAUCCAACACAGAAACGUUUAUUUGUAACAUACUUAAUUAAAAACAUUUUGGAAGGAAAACUAUUUAACUCAUAUUGUAAGUAACUAUAGGUCAUAUUUCAUAUACAUCUGGGAACACUGGACAGUUACUUGAAUCCCCUUGGGCAAUAGUGGGAGUUGCAAAAUCGUCAUCUAGCAACAGAUUUUACUACUCUUUACAGGAAGUAUGGUUGCCAGACAAGUUCCACUCACCAAGGCAUAAGGUAAACCAUCUGGAAGACGUGUAUGGUCAAAGCAGCAGAGAAACUUCAGCGAGCUAUUCCUAAAAUCUAACUUUCAGCAUUUAUUUUGAAGGAGCUUGCACGUAAAGAAAUAAACUAAUAUCCUGCUGCAAAAAUGUCUGUCGCAGGCUUCAAGAAACAAUUUUAUAAAGCCAGCCAGAUGGUGAGUGAGAAGGUGGGGGGUGCAGAAGGAACCAAGCUGGAUGAAGACUUCAAAGAUUUGGAGAAGAGGGCAGAUGUUACCAGCAAAGCGGUGGUGGAUCUAAUCUCUAAAACCUCUGAGUACCUGCAGCCCAACCCAGCGUCCAGGGCCAAGCUGACCAUGCUGAACACAGUGUCUAAGAUCCGGGGCCAGGUGAAGAGCCCUGGCUACCCCCAGGCUGAGGGGCUGCUGGGGGAGAGCAUGGCCAAGUUCGGACGAGAGAUGGGAGAGGACACCAACUUUGGUGGGGCCCUGGUGGACGUGGGCGAGUCCAUGAAGAGGCUGGCCGAAGUCAAGGACUCUCUGGAUAUCGACGUCAAGCAAAACUUUAUCGACCCGCUGCAGGCCGUCGUUGACAAGGACAUCAAAGAGAUCCAGCAUCAUCUGAAGAAGCUGGAGGGCAGGCGUCUGGACUAUGACUAUAAGAAGAAGCGGCAGGGGAAGAUCCCAGACGAGGAGCUGAGAUCGGCCCUGGAGAAGUUCCAUGAGUCCAAAGAGAUGGCUGAGAGCUCCAUGCACAACCUGCUGGAGACUGACGUGGAGCAGGUGAGUCAGAUGGCUUCUCUGGUGGAGUCCCAGCUGCAGUAUCACAAACAGGCCGUGCAGGUUCUGGAGGAGCUGACUGACAAACUCCAAGACCGGCUGAACGAGGCCCAGUCUCGCCCCAGGCGUGAGUACACUCCUAAACCCCAACCCUCCUUUGACUACGGAGAGCCGGAGCACUCAAACGGAGGAUACUCCCCCACUGCCAACUCCCCUUCCUACUCAUCAGCCCCCCUUGUAGAAGUUCCAUCCUUCCACAGAACACCGUCCAUGAAGAACAAUCAACACUGCUCUGAGCCGUGCGCUAAGGCAUUAUAUGACUUUGAGCCGGAGAACGAGGGUGAGCUGGGCUUCCACGAGGGCGACAUCAUCACGCUGACCAACCGCAUCGACGAGAACUGGUUCGAGGGCACACUCCACGGCCAAUCAGGAUUCUUCCCCAACAACUACGUAGAAGUGGUGGUGCCCCUGUAACGCUUAGAGAGGAGAAGAGGGAGGGAGAGGGAGAUGUUUUGUCUGAAAUGGGUCACUGGUCUAAAUACAAGGAGAUCUCGGCAUGAGGAAAGUAGCUGGGGAGGGAGGUCACUUUAGAUUGAGAUUCACCCAAAUAUGGAUGGACAGAAAAAGUGAGGGAGACAGGAUAAGGAUGCUGACAGAGGCAAAAGUUAGUACAACAUUGGGGUUGGGUGUAUCUUUGUUUUCAUUCUCUAUGCACCUGUGCACUUUCUACCCUUCACCUCCCUUACCAGGAGAUAUGAAGAAGGGGUUCCUAGAGGAGAUGUUUGUGUUAUUAUGUGUGACCUGUACCUAUGAACACUACCAGGCUAUGCUGUAAGCAGACCUGGGGGGGGGGGGGGGGGGACCGGCAGCAAAAUUGCCUUGACAUUGUUGCCUUUAAUCACUAAUUUACUUUACGUUGUCCUCAUUUCUAGGCACUCUUCCACGAGUGGGAAUCAAAAGCCUGUUUAAUUUUCAUUCACACACGCCCUCUUCUUUUAUAUACAAACACAAGAUGUGGAGCGUUAGAUUGAGCUCCGUUUUAGCACUUAUAUGCUGCCCUCUGCUGGUCUGUGUUAUACCGUCAGGAGUAGGAUGGAGUUGCAGUAGAUACUGGUCCUUUUGUGUGUUUUCUCCCCCUAAUGGUUUAUUUCAUGGUCCUUUUUUUCAAACUCAUAAUCUAUCCCAUACUUGUAAAAAUGUGAUUGUUCAGCUUGUAUGUGGAAUAACUAGCCUGAUUUCCAGCCUGUUUCUACUGAAGCCAACGUGGCCAUUGUCUUGGUAAAGGCAACAAUAUGGGGUUGGGCACCUAGGCUAGUGAAUAACUGUAGUGAAUGGUCCUUUUCUGUUGGCAUACACACAGCUCUGCUGGUCAGAGUUGUACUACGUCUCUGAACACUAUCUAUGUUUAGUACUGUUACUGCUGCGAGGCUGUCUUUCAUAGACGUCUACAAUACCUCUCUGCCUUCCUCUCCUCUGUAUCUCUGCCUUACACUAACUUUUACAUGGUCUAAUUAUCAAAAAGGGGACAUUUUGCAUUUCUCACCCAAAGUCCUUUGUUCUGAAUGUGUUUUUGUGUUCUAAAAUCUAUUUGUAGUAAUCUGCACCCUGUGACAAUAACCCUAGUCUCUGUGCCUGAGGGCUGAAACCAAAGUAAAAAAAUAAAAAUAGCGUGUAGAUGGAUACCACAGUGGCCUAUAAUUGACUUGCUACAGUCUGUGUACAGUCAGUAAGGUGUAUGUCUGUCAGUAUGCAUCGCUUGUUGACACGGCUGGCAGUGUCUUGGAGAAAGUUAUCAGGCUUUCUAGAGUAUUUACGUGUCACCCCCCAGUGUGUGUGUGGGAGAGAAAGAGUGGACAGAGGACUGGAUAUGACCAAACACGGGUGUUUUUCUGGGUGUUACAAACGGUUCUAGUUUCAGUUCCACCUUUAACCCAGAGCCCCAGAACUGUAAAGAUAUGAACUCUACACACAGACAAUAACUGGUUCUCCUUGUUAUCUCGUUGUUUCACUCAUUCAUGGCAUCCGUGGAACUGGACCAUAAUCUUUUAUAUAGAAAUAGCACAGUUUAUCCCCUACCCCCACUCUCUGGCUCUCUGCCCCCAUCCCCUGCCCCCAUUCCUAUGCCCCCUUGCCUCCCCUUCUACCCCUCUCUCACACCUGCCCCUGGUCCCUCCCUAUUGUCCUCCCCCUCGAGCCCUGCCUCUCUCCCAUCACUACAGAACUCUCCCUCUCUCUCCACUCCUUCCCUAGAACAUUUUGGCAUGUUCCUGUUAAAUUAAUGUUUACAUGUUUCUCUUGUUGUCUGUUAUAUUUGUUGAGUUGACAUGGUUUUGGGUUUAGGGCCUCUGUCAGUGAGUAAUGUUUAGGUGCAGGUGCCAUGGUCCUUUAGCCUAACUUAAAAAUAACUAGGCAGGGGGAAGAGAGGAUCAUGUUGUGCCAAGUACCUCGUUAUACCUGUGUCAAUUUAAUAAUAUAACAAAGGGUUCAGACCACCUUUUGUCAGUUUUUGUGGACGUGUAUUCUAAUGCCAUUGGUGACUAAUUAUAUGUGUAUGUUUUUCACACUACAUUCGGAGCUGGGGUAAGAUCUACCAACCCCCCCUACUGGAGUACCAUAUUAUUUAGAUAUUAUGAAAAUAAGUAUUAUCUUACCUUUAUUUUAAUAUACAGAAUCAUAUUGGAAGGUGUCUUGUGUAAAUUGCUAGUAGCCUGCAUGUGUCUAUAGGUAAUGCCUUGGUUUAGCGAUUUAGUGCCUCAUUAUGAGGCUCUUUUUUUGUUGUAACUGUGACACUCCAGGGAUCGAGGCUUGAACCAAUUCAGGAUUAUCUUUUUGUAUGGAUUCUCUCUAUAUUAUCUUUGUAUUGUCAUACAUAAUCUCCUGUGUAUUGUAUAUUUUUGUUAUGAUGUAAAAGGGAAAGGAUGCUGUCCAUUCACUUGUUAAAUAAAUAUAAAGGAAAGUGAA